AUGUCGAAUCAACAACAAUCCUAUACCGUGUGGUCGCCGCAAGAUACGGUUAGAGAUGUGGCAGACUCUUUGGGGAUUACCAACAUCAGAGACGAUGUACUUAAAUCGCUUGCGAUGGACGUUGAAUACCGGAUUCUUGAAAUCGUGGAACAAGCAGUGAAAUUCAAAAGACACUCUAAAAGAGACACGUUAACCACCGGAGAUAUUUCUGGCGCCCUGCGGGUUCUUAACGUCGAGCCCCUGUAUGGAUAUCAGGACGGAUCAGCGAGAUCGAAAAGCAUUUCUUUCUCUAAAGCAAGCGGUCAAGGCGGACAAACUAUUUACUUUAUGGACGACGAAGAAGUUGAUUUUGACAAACUGAUCAACGAACCUUUGCCUAAGGUGCCUCGUGUUCCAACUUUUUCGACACAUUGGCUCGCGAUUGAGGGCGUGCAGCCAGCGAUUCCGCAAAAUCCAAGUUUGAACCACAUACGAAUGUCACAACCACCUCUCGUGCGUGGGGCCAUUGUCACAACCAUCAACGAUACGAGCUUCCAGACUUCAGUAUCUGAAGAGAAAGAGGCACAGCAUGUUUCCACGGUCAAGCCUGGUCAAGCCACUGAGGUCAGGCCGUUGGUGAAACACGUACUAUCCAAAGAGUUACAGAUAUACUUCAAUAAAGUGGUAGAUGCCCUGACUUCUAACGGCCGAGAUGAGAAAUCUCACCACAUGCGGGCUGCUGCACUCACAUCUUUAAAAUCUGACACGGGAUUGCAUCAACUAGUGCCGUAUUUUAUUCAGUUCAUUGCUGAGCAAGUUACGCACAAUCUGACAGAUUUGAGACUUUUAAGCACCAUGCUUGAAAUGAUCUAUUCAUUGUUAAGCAAUCCUUCCGUGUUCCUGGACCCAUAUAUUCAUGCAUUAAUUCCGUCAAUUCUGACACUGCUUUUAGCCAAGAAGCUGGGUGGUAAUGCCACUAUAAGCUCAUCUGAAGAUUCUUCCAAAGAGAAUUCCGCCGAAGAAGUCGAACCCUCCUCUCAAUCUCUGGUUAAGAAAAAUGCUCUACGAGACUUCGCUGCGUCCUUAUUGAAGCACGUUCUUGACAAGUUCCCGAAAAUUAACAAGGCACUUAAGCCUCGAGUAAUGAGAACUCUCCUCAAAACAUUCUUGGACAUAAAUCGUGUUUUCGGAACUUAUUAUGGUUGUUUUAAAGGGGUCGCCGUUCUGGGACCAGAAUCUGUGAGAUUUUUCCUGGGCAAUCUUUAUAGCUGGUCCAAUAUUGUUCUAGUGGAGAAUAAGUCAAACGGUCAAGAGCUCGUCACGUCGAGACUUAAUAAGGUGGAGCACGAUAUGCUUUGCGACGUAAUAAUCGACUCGUUGUGUGUUUUGAAGCAAGACUUGCCAGCCAGUCAAACCUACGAGGGUGAUCUUAGUGAAAGCGAGAAGGAAAAGCUGGCAAAGAGAAUUGGUGCUACUUUAUCUGACAAAAUUACAGCACGUAAUGAUGCAAAAGAAUUGAUGGCUGCCAUCUUUUUUGGCGAAUGA